AUGGCAUGUGGUGCUUGCUUUAUAUGUACUAGAAUACAUGGAGCCACCAUGGCACUUGGUCACUCACAUCUGGAUAUUUGCGAGAUAAUGUUCAGUGAGCUUGCAUCAUUUAUAGAUGAGGUGUCUAUGGAAACAGAGGGAAAACCAAAGUGGAAGAGUCAAAAGUCUCGCCGAGAAGAACUUCGUAUCCAUAUCUCAAACAUUUAUCGCACAGUUGCUGAAAAAGUAUGGCCUGGCAUCAUGUUAGGCCGCAAACCUGUUUUUCGCCUUCAUUACUUGAAGUUCCUUGAAGAAAUAACUAGGCAGAUUUUGACAUCGCCUCCUGAGAAUUUUCAAGAGAUACAACCCCUUCGAUAUGCACUAGCUUCUAUUCUGAGAUUUUUGGCUCCUGAAUUUGUUGAUUCAAAGUCAGAAAAAUUUGAUAUUAGGACUAGAAAGAGACUUUUUGAUCUCCUCAUUACCUGGAAUCAGGAUGGCGUUGGUGAUUAUCGACGUGAAGUUGAACGUUACAAGUCCAGUCAGCAUUCUAGGUCAAAGGACUCUAUUGACAAACUUUCAUUUGAUAAAGAGCUGGGCGAACAAGUCGAAGCAAUACAAUGGGCCUCGAUGAAUGCAAUGGCCUCUCUGUUGUAUGGACCAUGCUUUGAUGAUAGUGCACGCAAGAUGAGCGGCCGUGUUAUUUCUUGGAUCAAUAGCCUCUUUAUUGAGCCUGCAGCCAGAGCACCAUUUGGAUUUUCACCAGCUGAUCCAAGAACUCCAUCAUCUUAUACAAAACAUACUGGAGAUGUUGGGUGGGCAGCAACCGGCCGUGAUAGGCAUAGAGGUGCUCACCAUCGGGUGUCUCUGGCGAAAUUGGCCCUGAAGAACCUUCUCCUCACUAAUUUAGACUUAUUUCCUGCCUGCAUUGAUCAGUGCUACUAUUCUGAUGCUGCAAUAGCUGACGGCUACUUCAGUGUAUUGCCUGAAGUCUACAUGCGUCAAGAGAUUCCUAAAUGUGAAAUUCAGAGGCUAUUAAGCUUGAUUCUUUACAAAGUGGUGGAUCCAUCUAGGCAAAUUCGCGAUGAUGCUCUUCAAAUGCUUGAGACACUCUCUGUUCGAGAAUGGGCUGAGGAUGGUCUUGAGGGUGCAGGUAGCUAUCGAGCUGCUGUUGUCGGCAACCUUCCUGACUCUUAUCGACAGUUCCAAUACAAACUCCUGGCUAAAGACCAUCCAGAAUUGAGCCAACUUCUUUGUGAAGAGAUAACGCAGAGGCAACUUGAUGCCGUGGACAUAAUUGCACAACAUCAAGUUUUGACGUGCAUGGCUCCGUGGAUUGAGAACCUCAAUUUUUGGAAAUUGAAGGACUCUGGUUGGAGUGAUAGAUUGUUAAAGAGUCUUUAUUACGUAACAUGGCGACAUGGGGAUCAGUUCCCUGAUGAAAUUGAGAAGCUAUGGAGCACGAUAGCUAGUAAACCUAGGAAUAUAAGUCCAGUUUUGGAUUUCUUGAUCACAAAAGGGAUCGAGGAUUGUGAUUCAAAUGCAUCAGCUGAAAUAAGUGGAGCAUUUGCCAAGAGAGUUAGUUUAUACUUAGCUCGAAUUUGCCCCCAGCGCACCAUUGAUCACUUGGUUUACCAAUUGGCACAGAGGAUGCUUGAAGAUACUGUGGAGCCUCUCAGACUUGGUGCUAAUAAAGGUGAUGCUGGGGGAGGAAUUGUCCUAGAGUUCUCUCGGGCACCUGCCGUGGCCCAAAUAACCUCCACUGUGGACAGCCAGCCUCACAUGUCACCUUUACUCGUCCGUGGAUCUCUUGACGGACCACUAAGGAACACCAGCGGAAGCUUGAGCUGGCGAACAGCAGCUGUUGGUGGCAGAAGUGCUUCAGGUCCAUUGACUCCUAUGCCCCCAGAACUUGGUGUUGUUCCUGUAACUGCUGGUCGCUCUGGGCAACUUCUACCCGCACUGGUCAACAUGUCUGGACCACUAAUUGGGGUGCGGAGUUCAACAGGAAGUUUACGAAGUCGCCAUAUGUCUCGAGACAGUGGAGAUUACCUCAUUGAUACCCCAAAUUCUGGGGAAGAUGGAUUGCACCCAGGAAUUGGAGCUCAUGGUGUGAAUGCUAAAGAACUUGUGUCAGCAUUGCAAGGUCACCAGCAACAUACAUUGACGCAGGCGGACAUCGCAUUGAUUCUUUUAGCUGAAAUUGCCUAUGAGAAUGAUGAGGAUUUUCGAGAGCAUUUGCCACUUCUCUUUCAUGUGACAUUCGUCUCAAUGGACAGUUCAGAGGAUAUUGUGUUGGAGCAUUGCCAACAUCUCCUUGUUAAUCUGCUGUAUUCACUCGCUGGUCGGCACUUAGAACUGUAUGCUGUUGAGCAUAACGAAGGAGAGAACAAGCAACAGGUUGUCAGCCUGAUCAAAUAUGUCCAAUCAAAGAGAGGUAGCAUGAUGUGGGAGAAUGAGGACCCCACACUUACCAGGACUGAGCUGCCAAGUGCAGCACUCUUAUCUGCUCUUGUGCAGAGUAUGGUGGAUGAUUUUUUUCAAGGAGAUCUUCGAGAAACAUGGGGGGCAGAAGCACUUAAAUGGACUAUGGAAUGUACAUCAAGUCACCUUGCUUGCCAGUCCCACCAAAUGUACCGUGCAUUACGACCACGUGUCACAAAUGAUGCAUGCGUCUCUCUCCUUCGCUGCUUGCACAGAUGCCUGGGAAAUCCAGUAACAUCAGUUUUGGGAUUUGUUAUGGAAAUUUUGUUAACUUUGCAGGUAAUGGUGGAAAAUAUGGAACCUGAAAAAGUAAUAUUAUAUCCACAACUUUUCUGGGGCUGCGUUGCCAUGAUGCACAUGCACACAGACUUCAUUCAUGUAUAUUGUCAGGUGCUUGAGCUUUUCUCUCGGGUAAUUUAUCGUCUGUCAUUCAGGGAUACAACGACAGAAAAUGUGCUGCUCUCAAGCAUGCCACGUGAUGAGCUUGACACAUGCAUUUCAGAUGGUCUUGAAUUUCAGCGUAUGGAGUCCAGGAUUGUAUCAGAAGUAUCAUCAUCAACUUCAAAGGUUCCUGCAUUCGAAGGAGUGCAGCCUCUUGUGCUCAAAGGACUGAUGUCCACUUUCAGCCAUGGUGUUUCCAUUGAAGUUCUCUCUCAAAUAACAGUGCCUUCCUGUGACUCAAUAUUUGGUGAUGCAGAAACCCGCCUCUUGAAGCAUAUUACAGGAUUACUUCCAUGGCUCUGCUUACAACUGAGUCAGGGUGCUGCUGAACCAGCUUCACCAUUGCAACAACACUAUCAUAAGGCUUGCACUGUUGCAACGAACAUUGCAAUAUGGUGCCAGGCCAAAUCAUUGGAUGAGUUAGCAACUGUGUUCACGGCUUAUGCUUCUGGAGAGAUUAAGGGUCUAUAAAAUCUUCUUGCCUGUGUCUCACCAUUAUUGUGCAAUGAGUGGUUCCCUAAACACUCUGCUUUGGCUUUUGGGCAUCUCCUCCGGCUUCUGGAGAAAGGACCGGUCGAGUAUCAACGUGUUAUACUUCUUAUGCUGAAGGCUCUGCUCCAACAUACUCCUGUAGAUGCGGCACAGAGUCCUCACAUGUAUGCGAUUGUGUCCCAGCUGGUCGAGAGUACACUGUACUGGGAAGCUCUUAGUGUUCUCGAAGCACUCUUACAAAGCUGUACCUCUUUACCAGGUUCCCAUCCACACGAUCCGGGUUCUUUUGAGAAUGGAUUUAUGGGAAUGGAUGAGAAGAUCCUCGCCCCUCAGACAUCUUUCAAAGCUCGAAGUGGGCCAUUGCAGUUUGCUGGUGGACUAGGAUUCGGAACAGGCUUGACUCCGUCUGGGCAAGCCAAUGCCAUUGAAUCUAAUACAUCACAAAAAGAAUUAGCAUUGCAGAAUACCCGUUUGAUGCUAGGGCGAGUCCUUGAUAGUUGUGCGCUUGGUAGGCGGAGGGAUUAUAGAAGGCUGGUCCCCUUCGUAACCACAAUCGGGAACGUGUAG